UAUGCUGAAGUGAGUUGGAUCGUUUUCCUGUCUGGGUACCUAAGUGGAAAAUAAACAAAUCUCGAAGGUUUAUCCUUGCUCACUUCCAACACAGUGGCAAAACUAAUUUUUGAGCCAAAGCAAAGGAGAGCGAAAUAAACUAAAAAUGAAACCAUCAAAUAACUUAUGGAUUCGGCGCCAACAAUGUCCAUGUGGAGAUUGGAAGUGUUUUAUUAAGUAUGAUGGAGAUGAUCAGAUAUCAGUAAGAUCUUCGGCCACAAAGACUGAUACAAUGCCUUCAUCAUCAUCAGAAGCUGUCUUCACUCCUUAUGUAGGUCAAAUAUUCAAAAGCGAUGAUGAUGCAUUUGAAUACUAUAGCAAUUUUGCCCGGAAGAAUGGAUUUUCAAUUAGAAAAGCUCGCUCAACAGAAAGCCAACAUUUAGGAAUAUACAGAAGAGAUUUUGUUUGUUACAGAUCUGGGUUCAAUCAACCAAGAAAAAAGGCCAAUGUGGAGCAUCACAGAGAGCGAAAAUCUGUACGAUGUGGAUGUGAUGCAAAAUUAUACUUGACUAAGGAAAUUGUUGAUGGCAUUGCUCAAUGGUAUGUGUCGCAAUUUAGUAAUGUUCAUAACCAUGAAUUGUUGGAAGAUGACCAAGUACGACUUCUACCAGCAUAUCGUAAGAUACAAGAGGCUGAUCAGGAACGCAUUCUUCUACUGUCCAAAGCUGGAUUUCCCGUAAACCGUAUUGUGAAGGUGUUAGAGCUUGAAAAGGGAGUUCUGCCUGGACAGCUGCCUUUCAUAGAAAAGGAUGUUAGGAAUUUUGUUCGGACUUGCAAGAAAGCAGUUCAAGAAAAUGAUGCUUUACUUACUGAAAAAAGAGAGAAUGAUAUGCAUGAACUUGUGGAGACCUGUAAGGCAAUGAUAGACAAGGAUCCCAAUUUUGUUUUUGAUUAUCUUGCUGAUGAAAAUGGUAAAAUUGAAAACAUAGCUUGGUCGUAUGGUGAAUCUAUUCGGGCAUAUUCUGUUUUUGGUGACGUUGUUACUUUGGACACCACAUACCGUUCUGUUACUUAUGGAUUACUUCUUGGUGUGUGGUUUGGCAUCGACAAUAAUGGAAAUGCAGUCAUAUUUGGGUGUGUGUUGUUGCAAGAUGAAAGUUCUUAUUCAUUUGCAUGGGCUUUACAGACAUUUGUAGGAUUUAUGAGAGGGAGACAUCCACAGACAAUUUUAACGGACAUAGAUCCAACUCUGGGAGAUGCCAUUUCCAAGGAGUUGUCUGAAACUAAACAUGUUAUAUGCACUUGGCAUAUUCUAUCAAAAAUAUCAAAUUGGUUCUCUGUACCCCUGGGACUACAGUAUGCAGAUUUGAGGUUAGAGUUUAAUAUAUUAUGUCACCUGGAGGGCAUAGAAAAUUUUGAGCAGCAGUGGGAUCUUUUUGUAGCUCGAUUUGGACUUGUUUCUGACAAGCAUAUAGCUUUGCUAUUCUCACUUCGAGCAUCCUGGCCACUUUGUUACGUAAAGAGUUACUUUAUUGCUCGUUCAUUAACAGCUGAGUUUUCUCAAUCUUUGGACUUAAUCUUAAAAAGAAUUUUGGAUUCCCAAGCAUGUCUGCAAGGAUUCUUUGAACAGGUAGGUAAUGUCGCCACCUCAUCAAUGUUGGCAAGAGAAGGGAUUCACUACAUGUGUAUAAAGACAUGCAUGCCUAUUGAAGAACAUGCAAGGAGCAUUCUUACACCUUAUGCUUUCAAUGUGUUCCAAAAUGAAGCUGUGCUUUCAAUGCAGUAUGCAAUGACAGAACUGACCAGUGGAUCCUACCUUGUUCAGCACUACAAGAAAAUGGAUGAAGAGCGCCUUGUAAUUUGGGUGCCAGCUGACGAACAAAUUCAAUGUUCCUGUAAGGAAUUUGAACAUUCGGGAAUAUUGUGCCGGCAUUCGAUUCGUGUACUUACAAUGAAGAACUACUUCCAACUACCCAUGAAAUAUUUUCUCCCUCGGUGGCGACGAGAAAGUUCGAUGGCUCCUUUUGAUGACCAAAAUUCUCAGAGCAGUGAUGGGUGUGCUCAGGCUUUUCAUUCUUUGGCAGCCACCCUGCUGACAGAAACAUUAAUCUCCAAGGAACGGUUUAAUUAUGUUCAUAGAGAACUCACUGGGAUUCUCGAGCGUGUUAAGAAUAUGGAAGCUGUGGAUGAAUUUGCUAUCAAUGCGGCAGCUAAUAAUGUCAGUGAAUCCUAGAUUUUUGUUUAAGCAUGGUUUUAUUUAUUUAUGUGGGAGGAACUUGGAUCCUAUUCCUUCAAAAUUUAGAGUAUAGAAGAUACAAAUAAGGAGAUAUCUGAAGCAUAACAUGUAACUAGUGAUGUUAAUAUGCUUGCUUUCUUGUAUAUAAUCAAUAAGAAAAUUCUUUUCUUUCUCA